UCACAGCUGUGCAGGUUUGCUUUACGACACUUGUGACAUACCAGAAGUGUCAGUCGCUGCAGCAAAGAGCGACAGGUGGCUUUCUCUAAGCUGAAGGCAAAGUCAGAAACGAAACUCACAGACGUGACCCUCUGCUGACGGUCAUACAAACCCGGCGAGUGAGAGGACUGCAACCACGAUGCGAGAAAUAACAGUUGAUUUCCGACAGCUUUCCUUCACGGCCCUAGCCACCUAGCUAAGCUAACCCACCCGGAUGCUAGUGAAGCCAGUUUGCCAGCUUUGAGCCCGGAACAUGUUGUGAGCGGGAGACGAAUUCAAUGUGACUCCCUGACAUUUGCACCCCGUGGGCAGCGUUUCCACUCGUGGCUGGGCAUCCAUCAUUCUAACACAAAAUGUGGCUCCAGCAGAGACUUAAGGGGCUACCGGGCUUGUUGUCAAGCAGCUGGGCGAGAAGACUGCUCAUAGGACUGCUGCUCUUCCUCAUCUUCUACUGGUACCUGGGAGCGGAGCGCAGGUUGAGGUUCUUCAGCAGCUCGGCCAUGCCCGGCGGGGCGGCAGGACAGUGUCUACAGGCGGAAAUCCACCGGUGGAAGUCGCUCGUAGACCGAGGAGAGGGAAUAUACAGCACACCUCAGGAACAACUUGACACACCGUUUGUAUCAGGUAACGGCCACAUUUUGAUUGACAUUGACUCUAACAAACUGUGGGUGGCGUCGUCCUCGCAGCCCGGCUCAGCCCCGGUCCAUCCAACUGAGUAUUCACCGAGAGUCGGCGUGCACCUGGAGGGGAAGCGGGCCGAGGCUCAGGCCAGCAUGCUGUGGUUCCGGAAAGGUUCCGUGCUGUCGGUGCGCUGUGCCUCCCUGCAGUCAUCCCGGGACUGUGUCAGCAUCAGAGAGGAGUUCAUCGCUCACAGAAGCCGACCCAACGUCUAUCUUCAGCGAAUCCACAUCAACAACCUGUCUGACAGGCCCACCUCCCUGGACGUUUCCUCUGGCAAUCCCUCCUUUGGUAGCAAAUUCUCCACCAGCGAUGAGAAACUAGAGGAAAAGGAAAUACUGCUCUCCUCUGGCAGAGUGCCUGUGGAAAAUAAUCGCAUGGUUCUGGUGGUAGUGGUCACCAAGAAGCUGAACAGCAGGAUUCAAGUCCCUGCUAAGUCAGAGUUCACAGACAACAUUGUGUCAGUGGUCUGGACCUCAGAGCCCAUCGAGCCCUCCAAGCUGGAGGAGACCUUCAUCAGCCUCAGAGAAGGAGCCAAAAAGGAACUGGGGGAGCUGCUUAGAGCCAGUGUGGAGGAGCUGGUUGUAGAUCACCAGCAAGCGUGGAUGGAUCUCUUCAUUUCAGGUGUUGAAAUGAGGAAGAUCACAGACUCCCAUACGCCAUCAAGCCGCACGGUGAACACCACCCUCUACUACAUCCUCUCAUCCUCCGCGGCUCCCCUGCUGGACCGUAGGCUGAGCAACGAGGAGAGCGAUCGGCUGGAGUCCAGCCUCAACUACGCUGACCAUUGCUUCAGUGGCCAUGCCACCAUGCAUGCAGAGAACCUGUGGCCUGAGCGGGUGAGCAGUACAGCCCAGAUCCUGCAACUGGUCACGCUAUGGACCUUGACUCUGCAGAAGAGAGGCUGCAAGGUACUCGUUGCAGCUGGGGCCCAUGGAACAAUGCAGGGCAUGGUGCUCAGCUUUGGUGGCCUUCAGUUCACAGAGAACCACCUUCAGUUUCAGGCUGAUCCAGACGUGCUGCACAACAGCUACGCCUUGAGAGGAAUCCACUACAACCAGGACCUCAUCAACCUGGCAGUGCUGCUGGAUGUUGAGGGGAAGCCUUUUCUUCAUGUUUCAGUGAAGCAGCAGGAUAAACCAGUGAAGCUGUAUGCUUGCGAGGCGGGCUGUCUCAAUGAGCCUGUGGAGCUGACAUCAGAGGUCAAAGGUCACACCUUCCCAGUGAUGGUCACUCAGCCAAUCACACCGCUGCUCUACAUCUCCACAGACCUGCGCCACCUGCAAGACCUGCGUCACACCCUCCACCUUAAGGCCAUCUUGGCCCAUGAGGAGCACAUGGCCAUAAGAUACCCAGGCCUUCCCUUCCUUUUCUGGUUCAGCGUGGCCUCUCUCAUAACUCUCUUCCAUCUUUUCCUCUUCAAGCUCAUAUACAACGAGUACUGUGGCCCUGGCGCUAAGCCCCUCUUCAGGAGCAAGGUCGCCAGCAAAAGUGAGGAUGGCUGCUGCAACACCACAAGCGCCGCUUGAACGCUGCAGUGCUGUGCACACAUACAUCAUGUAGCGGUGGUUCUGCUUGAGCUUUGGCAGCAUGCAAGAUGUUAACAUGGGUGUGCUGGUGCUGAAUCUGAAACGGUCUCAAACAAUUUCUUUGUUUGGGCCUGCAUUGUGUGGAGAGAUACUCCUCCAGAUCUGCUGGUGAGAGGCUGCAGAGGCAUGGAGGUUAAAACUGGCUGAGUACAAUCAACACCAAGUAUUUUGACAGUUGGAUUUUUUUUUUGUUUUUCAGGUUCUGUGCUUCAGCAUUAAAUUUCGCCAAAAUUUUUGUACCCCAGAAAUUUUGGAG